UUUAAAGUUUUCAAGCAAACAAUUGUUGUAAACUUAUCGUCAACUAACGUGGCAAGAAGCCGACUCGACUUUAGAGUGUUUAUUGAAAUGGAAUGAAAUAUCUUAUUUCAAAUAAUUUUAUUACGGCCUGACAGCUGUGCUGACACUGCUGACAGCAUGAAGCAUGAGUGACGUAGACCUUGGAGUGACGUGACAGUAAUGCAGUGUUGCCACGAACUUUUUACCAUAUUAUACAUGGCGCCGACUCAAAUUAUACACCAAAUUUUAUUUACCAACGAUUCAGAGAUUUUUGAUAUAUAUUACCUAAGAUGCCUAGAGACUGGUGUAACGAGUCCCCUACUCCAUACAAUGAACUGAAUUUUCUAGUAUUUCGAAGAAGUCAGUGGGUAAAAAUAAAAAAAAAAAGAUUGUCAAUGACAUUUGACAAUUUUGACCAAACAUUUGACAUCCAAAUUCCAAGAAGAUUGUUUUUAAUGCCAAGAAGAGAAAGUGGAAAGACUGGAAAGUGACAGCCUGACAGUAGCAGUGCAGACUGCAGCUGUGUUUGUAUAAUUUUAAUGGAUAUAUUAUCCAUUUUCCUAUUAUUGGUACCAUGAUCAAUGGAAUAAUUUAAUCAGUAUUAUAAGGAUCUUUGUAUUGUUAUCUCUAUGUGCUGAUGUUGAUCAAUAGUAAUAUGAGAAAAUCCCAAUAAAUUCAAGUGUAAUGCUUCCUUAUGCUGUAUAUGAAGAGUGCCAAAAUUCGUAAAUGGGAUGAAUGAGGAGGAUCUUGUCAAAAGAUCAGCUGAAGAGCGAGAAAAAAUAUUCAGGAGAUAUGAACAAGGAAGAGAAGGGGCUGAAAUUGAUCCUUGGGAAGAUCCAGGCUUUGAAGUGUACCAUGCCACAGACAGAUAUGGAUUUAUCCAUGAUAAAAGGUUACCUUCAAAAGUGGACCCGCAGGAAGCUAAAAAGCUCCAAAUUGAAGUAGAGCGCCAGAAAAAAUGGCUAAAGAUGCUCAAGAAUUGGGAGAGUACUGCUGUAAAAGAGAAGUUACAUUCACGUGUUUACAAAGGCAUUCCCAGUUCUUUGAGAACAGAAGUUUGGUGUAAAUUAUUGCAAAUAGAGAAAGUCAAGAAAGAAAAUGAGGGUAAAUAUGUGGAAAUGAUGAAACUAGCCAGAAAAUACUCAACAGAUGCUAGACAAAUAGAUUCAGAUGUAAAUAGACAAUUUAGAGAACAUUUGCAUUAUAGGGAAAGAUACAGUAUCAAACAGCAGUCACUAUUCAAUGUUUUAACAGCUUAUGCCAUGUAUAAUUCUGAAGUUGGAUAUUGCCAAGGUAUGUCUGGACUAGCUGGAGUACUGCUCAUGUACAUGAAUGAAGAAGAUGCAUUUUGGGCAGUACAUGUUCUAUUAACUAAUCCAAAAUAUGCCAUGCAUGGACUUUACAAGGAAGGCUUUCCAAAGCUGACCAGGUUCCUAGCACAUCAUGAUCGAAUUUUGACAAAACUAUUAUCCAAAGUGAAAAAACAUUUUGAUAGAAAUGGCCUGGAUGCCAUUUUGUAUUCCCUAAAAUGGUUUUUUGUAUGCUUCAUUGAAAGGGUUCCAUUCAGCCUGUGCUUGCGCAUCUGGGACAUAUAUUUGUUGGAUGGAGAGAGAGUUAUUACAGCAAUGGCCUAUACAAUACUCAAAUUACAUAAAAGACAAUUACUGAAACUCAAUGAUAUGGAUUCCAUAGUAAACUAUAUUCAAGUGAAGUUGUACAAAGACUUCGUGUACGACGAAGACUCCGUCAUCCGUCACCUGGAAGCCUCCAUGGAGGAGCUCAGGCGCCACAAGCUCGACCUGCCCGGCCCGCCCUCCAAGGAGGAACUGCCCAGUCGCCCGUUCGGUCAUUUCGAGCCGCCCACGUUCGAGCAGCUGGUCGGCAUCAGAAAGGAGAAGUUCUCCGAUAAGGAACUUGCGGCCAACGAGAUCGUCGCUCUGGCCAGCGAGGCGGCCAAAGAGGCGGCCUCGGAGAAGGACAGCCAUCUGUCGGUCGGCCUUACAGGCUCCAAAUUCUCGUUCGACCCCAGCACCGACGACGCCAGCUCCCUCCUCGAAUACGACAACACUGGCUCGCGGCGCUCCCUAGCGGACACCAGCGUCACCUCCACGGCCGACCUGUCCGUCUUUUCCGCCGUGACGCGCUCGCACGCGCUCGACAACAGCAUCGACACGCACAGCAACGUGUCCGACAACUCGGUGGGCGGGGCCAGCUCGGUGGGUAGCGGACUUGGCGUGGCUCGCGGCACCAGCGGCCAAUCCACGCCGAGAGCCACGCCCCGUCACCCCAGCCCGGACGUGCUGCGCAUCUACGUGCCGUACUCGCCGUUGGACACGCCCAUCGCGAGCCCGCACAACGGGGAGGUGGUAAGGGUGCCUGGCGGGUUCCCGGAGACGAAUAAGAUAAGGAUCAGGGUGGACAACGACGAGUUGGCGACGCCGCUGGUGGAGCACGGGCAGAUCAAGAGUUUCAGGGUGGAGAGUCAGAUCGAUUUGAAGUAGUAUUAGGUUUUUCGAGCAAUUGUCCAUAUUAGAGUGCCUCGAACAUCUCAUUUUACGCUCUUUGAAAAGUAUGGACACAGUUCUCAUAUUGUUAUUGUUAAACAGCUGAACAAAUAACAUGAGACACUAUAGUUACAUACGCUAUUUUUCCUACAACUGUCAAAAAAGAGGACUUAUAAUGUAAAUGAUUAAAUAAGCGAAAAGCAUGAAUGAAAUGGAAACCGCGUUGAUUUGUUCGCUUGCUGCCUUGCUUGAUCCCUUAAAGGAGCCCAUAGACUACGUUGUUGGUGGAAUGUUUUGUUCGUCGAACAAGUAUGUUCGAACAAAAAUAAGUGUGUGGUAUGUGGCUAGCGAAAACGGUCAUUUUGCAGCCACACACUUCGGUUUUGCGUCGUUUCUGUUCAAACAGACUUGUUCGUUGAACAAAACAGCCUACCAACAACAGAGUGUAUGGGCCCCUUUCAAGCAAGCAUUCAUUCCAUCGAAUAGCAACAACCGUGAAGAAGAGGGUACUUUUUUCACAACUUUUCCGUAAAAUAAUGAAACAGCAUUUUGAUUUUGAAAAAUUGUACAAUUUAGGCACACAAAAUACUUUUAAAAUGUGCAGUUUUUCUGACAGUUGUAGGAAAAUAU